ACAAUUUCAUCAAUGGACUGAGUGACUUCACUGCGGACGUGAAAACCAGAAUCAAGCCAGAAGAAUGUGACAUGAUUUCUAUCGAAUCAACUGGGGACGGAAAAUUCUUUGUGGAUUUCAAAAGCUUCCCUCCGGGAUCCGUCGUUGCAUUGCAUGUUGAACUGGAGGACGAAAUGCAAGCGGCUUUGCGAGAUAUGAAUUCCAAAUUGGAAAAUUUGGAGACGGAUCUGCAUCCGGUGCUCAAUUCUCUUUCCCUCGGGGAUUUCAACUUCGUGCUGUUC